AUGCAGAUUGAUGAAGACCCCAGCUGGCAAGACCCCAUCAUCGACUACUUAGUGAAUGGAAACCUGCCAACGGAUAAGUCCGAAGCUAGGAAGGUCCAGCAGAAGGCCGCGAGAUACUAUAUGCACGGCAGCAAGCUCAUCCGUAGAUCAUACUCCGGCCCUCAUCUCACCUGCAUAAAGUACCCUCAAACACUUGAGAGUCCUCUGCAAAUUCACGGGCGAGUGUGGCAACCACUCGGGGGCAGGUCACUCGCCCAGAAGGCUCUAAACGUAGGCUAUUUCUGGCCUACCAUGCGCCACGACUCCGCUGAAUAUGUCAAAAAGUGUGAUCGCUGCCAGCGAUACAAGCCGAUCCCUAACCUGCCUGCCGAAGUUGACCAUCGCAAAAUAGUCCAUGGCCAUUCAUGCAAUGGGACAGACUUAGGGGGUCCCUUGCCCCGGCGCUGCCAAGGAGAAAGAAAAGAUGAUUGUCGCCAUGAUACUGUACUAAAUGGAGCGAGGGCCGGAAGAUCUAUCCUCUACUAA